GUCCGCGCCUCUAGCGCGCCCCUCUGGCCCCGGGCCUGGCCCCGCGCACGCGUGGGAAAGUUGGCCUGGAACCGGCCAGACCAGUUCCGCCUGGGCGCGCGGACCGGCCGCAGGAAGUUGCUGCAAAACUUUUUUUGGGGGUGCAGCCGGUGCCCCCCGCGCGCCUCGGCCGGAUGCUCGCCGGGUAGGGUCCCCCGGGCGGAGAGGGGUGCCCGGAGGGAGGAUCGCGGAGGGGGCGCCCCGGCCCCGCUGCCCUGGGGCUAUGGCCAUGGUGACCGGCGGCUGGGGCGGCCCCGGCGGCGGCGGCGAUACGAACGGCGUGGACAAGGCGGGUGGCUACCCACGCGCGGCCGAGGAGGACUCGGCCUCACCCUCGGGCGCCGCCAGCGACGCUGAGCCGGGCGACGAGGAGCGACCUGGGCUGCAGGUGGACUGCGUGGUGUGCGGGGACAAGUCGAGUGGCAAGCACUACGGCGUCUUCACCUGUGAGGGCUGCAAGAGCUUCUUCAAGCGGAGCAUCCGCCGCAACCUCAGCUACACCUGUCGGUCCAACCGUGACUGCCAGAUCGACCAGCAUCACCGGAACCAGUGCCAAUACUGCCGUCUCAAGAAGUGCUUCCGGGUGGGCAUGAGGAAGGAGGCGGUGCAGCGAGGCCGCAUCCCGCACUCACUGCCUGGAGCUGUGGCUGCUUCCUCCGGCAGCCCCCCUGGCACGGCACUGGCGGCAGCGGCAGGAGGAGACCUUUUUCCCGGGCAGCCAGUGUCGGAGCUGAUCGCGCAGCUGCUGCGUGCGGAGCCCUACCCUGCAGCUGCUGGGCGUUUCGGCGCGGGCGCAACGGGCGCAGUUCUGGGCAUCGACAACGUGUGCGAACUGGCGGCGCGACUGCUCUUCAGCACCGUGGAGUGGGCUCGCCAUGCUCCCUUCUUUCCCGACCUGCCUGUGGCUGACCAGGUGGCGCUGCUGCGCCUCAGCUGGAGCGAGCUCUUCGUGCUGAACGCGGCGCAGGCAGCUCUGCCCCUGCACACGGCGCCACUGCUGGCAGCUGCUGGGCUGCAUGCAGCGCCCAUGGCAGCUGAGCGAGCCGUGGCCUUCAUGGACCAGGUCCGCGCCUUCCAGGAGCAGGUGGACAAGCUGGGCCGCCUGCAGGUGGACUCUGCUGAGUAUGGCUGCCUCAAGGCCAUCGCACUCUUCACGCCUGAUGCUUGCGGCCUUUCAGACCCAGCGCAUGUGGAGAGUCUGCAGGAGAAGGCACAGGUGGCACUCACCGAGUAUGUGCGGGCCCAGUACCCAUCUCAGCCCCAGCGCUUUGGGCGCCUGCUGCUGCGGCUGCCAGCCCUGCGAGCUGUGCCUGCCUCCCUCAUCUCCCAGCUGUUCUUCAUGCGCCUGGUUGGCAAGACACCCAUUGAGACGCUGAUCCGAGACAUGCUGCUGUCGGGGAGUACCUUCAACUGGCCCUAUGGUUCAGGCCAGUGACCUCAAAGGACAUAGAUGUUGGGGCCUCCAGAGGGCCUCCCGCAAGCCGAGGACCCCCCCCCCCAGACUCCUAUUUUUUAAAGACUGUGAAAUGUUUGUCUUUUCUGUUUUUUAAAUGAUCAUGAAACCAAAAAGACUGAUUGUCCAGGCUGCAGCUGAGUCCUCCCUAGAACCUCUGGUUGAGAUGGGGGACAGGAAUGGAGAGUCCAAUCCCAGACAUCCUUGUCCCUCAGUGCCCCAAGCAUGAACUCUUGGGAUGGUGGUGUUGGCUUCCCUGACUUGAUGAACAAAGUAAGUCCUGGCAUCUGGACUGAGGGGGAGCCACAGCUGGGCAGCCAGGCAGGCUAAGCGUGUGCCACACUGAUCACCUGGACAUGUAAUCCACGUUGGACACUACAUGAUGAACGAAUCAAGGCCAAUAAUAAAAAUGUUUCCUAUCUGCACAGCCUCCCUUGUUAUCUUCUUGAGGGCUGGAUGAAAGUGAGGGCACCCUACCAUUGGUACUCAUUCCCAGAACUUUGGAAUACCCACAACCUACCAACAGUCCUACAUGCUGUUUUUGUUGGAUAGUUUGAUGUGGAGAUGGGACUGGGGGCAAGGUGGGGGCCUCAAGUCAGCCAGAGAGUCCACAGGAGUUGAGAUCAGUAGAUGGCUUAUAGUCAAGGCUCUGGUCUACGAGAGUAUGCCUCGUAGAUUCACACAUAUUCUGUAUUAAACUGUUCUCUUUAGUCAGCCCUGAAUCAUGGUACCUGUGCCCUAUUAUCUUUGGAAGAAACAAAUGGGGCUAGCUCUGCCUCAUGAUCUCAGUCUAGACAGAGCUUUCCAUUCCCUUGGCCACAGAUAUUAGGCAUAUGGUCUAGAUAUCAUCAAUGAGCUUGAUGGCAGUAUCUGGAACCAGAAGGAUAUAAUCAAUGCAAAGCAAAACAGCCUCAAGAGAAAGACCAAUUUUCCAGGAUGCCAUCAGAGCCCCUGGAUCAAGCCAUACCUGAAAUCCUGGGGUGUUUCAGUCUGAGCCCAGACUUCCCUUUUUCUUGCCAAAUCAGCUUGAAUUUGGUUUCUUCUCACAUGUAACCAAAAAAAAUAUUUCUGAGGGCCUCCCUGGUGGCACAAAGGGUUAAGACAACCUAUGAAGCUAUCUGCAGCCACUGCAGCAUGAGUUCGAACCCCGGCCAGGGAACUACCCACAUGGCACAGCAGACCUCUCCUGCCUCGCCUGUUGCUCCCCUCAGCAGUGUGUCUCAGUCAGUCUGCCUGUUCUGCUCCCCACUCUGUCUCUGGUGAAUCCUCACACCCCCAUACCUCUGGCCUGUACCCCAGUUCUUGUAUACAUACAUCUUUAAAAAAUAAAUCUAUUUCUGAGAUUGGCAUUUGGGAGAUGCAUACCUAUAGAAUAAACUUUGAUAUGUGAAC